UUAAAAGAUAAUCAAUAGUUUUAUAGUAUGUUUAAGUUUUGCUACACAUUUUUCUAAAUUGGCUCUUGGUGUGUAUAUUUCAAUACUGUGACGGGUCUGUGUAUUUCGUAUAAUGAAGAUUCAAAAUUUUUCUGGUGUAUUUAUUGUUUCCUUAAGUGUAAUGAGUCAUUUUUCAGACUCUAAAUAUUUGCUUCCUGUAAAAUAAUCAAAAAUUUAUAACAAUGACAUAGAUAAGAUGAGGUUGAAGAAAAUAAUGCUGCGAUAUUUUCCUCCAGGUAUAGGACUGGAAUACACACAAGGAGGAUGUGUGAAAAUCAAAGAAAUUGACUUAAGUGAUCUAAGUAGCAGUACAGAUAUAGAAGAGCUCGCAUUCAAAGUUGCCAAGGGAGAGCCUCUUAUAACUCCUAACAUUCAUCACCAGCUAGUGGACUCUCUCGGACGUCUGCAAGAGAAGAUAUUCAACACUACAGUUCAAAAGUUUUACCGCCACAAGACACUGAAAACACACCUACUGCCCAUCACAAACGUUGCUUUUGACAAGUUUGGGAAGAAGUGUUUGACUGGCAGCUAUGACAGAACUUGCAAAGUGUGGGACAUUGAAUCUGGGUCAGAGAUUCACACUCUUCACGGCCACAAGAAUGUUGUAUAUGCCGUUGCUUUCAACAAUCAAGGAGACAAAAUUCUGACAGGGUCGUUUGACAAGACGGCGCUGCUAUGGUCUGUGGAGACAGGAGAGUGCAAGCAGAGUUUCUCAGGUCACUCAGGGGAAGUUGUCUCAGUUCAGUUUGACCCUCAGAAACAGCUGAUUGCCACUGCUUCCAUGGAUACCACAGCGCGACUGUUUAACUUGUCAACAGGGCAGGAAGUGUCUGUCCUGCAGGGUCACAGUGGGGAGAUUAUCAGUCUACAAUACAAUCACUCCGGGACUCUUCUACUGACUGGCUCAUUCGAUAACACUCUAGUGCUUUGGGAUACGAGGACUAACGGCAAAGUAGGAACGCUGAGUGGUCAUGAGGCAGAGAUCAGCAGCUGUUUGUUCAGUCAUGAUGAGAGUCUGGUAGUGAGUGGGUCCUUGGACAAGUCUGCCAGGAUCUGGGAUGUCAGGACCCUCACGUGUGUACACUGCACUAGAGGACAUCAGGAUGAGGUGCUUGAUGUAUCGGUGGAUCUGCGUAGCCGACAGUUAGCCACGGCCAGUAGUGACUCCACCGUCUGUCUGUGGAACGUGAAGCAGGAUUGUACCUUGGUCUCCACUCUGUCCGGUCACUCACAAGAGGUCUCCAAGGUAUGCUUCAAUCCUGCAGGCACCGCAGUACUGACUGCGUCCCAGGACCACACAGCUCGACUGUGGGAUCCUGGCACAGGACAAUGUCUUCAGAUACUAGAGGGACAUUCCGACGAUGUCUUCUCUUGUGCUUUCAGCUACUAUGGAGACACUAUAAUCACAGCGUCCAAAGACAACACGUGUCGUAUUUGGAAAAAUACUGUAAAUAAAGGAUGA